AUGGCCCCUCGUGAAGCAAAGCCAAACGUCCAAAGGGUUGGAAAGAGACCUCAAGGUAUCGACAAAGGACGACCACAUCGCAAGAGUGCGCGCCUAAAAAAUCUAGAACGCCGCCAGGAACGAACCAUACCCGGGGACACAAAUACGCAUCGAGCUCUAUUUCCAAGAGUGAAAGAGAACCCCUCGGAACCUCUAAAAGCUGAGAAUCGAAAACGAAGACGACCGCAAGAAUCCGAAAGUCCACUAAGUGGCGCACUAUCCAAUUCUGUUCGAAAACGACCGCGAACAUCUGUUACAAGCUCAUUUAUCGGGGAUAAAUCUAGUCAAGUGGUGGCCUGCAAGUACAACAUUAAUCCGAUUGAUUAUUGGAGAAGAAAAGGUCGCUGGCCUGAGGAAUAUUCCAAACAAGACGACCAGACUAGGAAAGGUAUAAACAAAGAUUUUGAAGACAGGCGGUACGAGACCUAUCGGAUACCAGAAGCGAACAUGAAUCACCUGCUUGCAAGGAGGAAGUCGUCAUCUUCUCUUCGAGGUAAACAAUCGGAAGCCAGCUCUACCACACCUAGCGAUCAGAACCCGAGAGAAGCCAAAAGUACCACCUACGCCCGCCCUGUAAAGGAUUUCUUGGCGAGUAGGGCAGUGGGAAGUCACGGGAAGGAAUAUACGUAG